CCCCAAAUCCCAACGUAAAAUGAAAAAUGCAAAAUGUAACUGCAAAUUGCCAAACACUCCCUUUUUCGUGUAACUGCAGGAACUGAAUUUUCUCCUAGAUACAUCCUUUGGACUCGGGACCAUCGCUCUUCAUCACCCAGAAGCUCAAAAGAUCAAAUCAAAUACAAUUUUUUACAAAAACCCAUCAUCCAUUUCUUUCAAUUUCACUGUCUAAUCAUCGUUGUAAAACUCUAUCUCUAUGACAUUGGAGAGUGGAGCUUGAGAUACUCUUCUUCCAUGGCGUCUUUGAAGUUGGGAUCUAAAUCGGAAGUGUUUCACCUCGAUGGGGAUUCUUGGUUUUGCUCAUCUGGGCUUGCAAGUGAUGUCAUUAUUGAAGUUGGGAACACCUUCUUUCAUCUACACAAGUUUCCAUUGCUAUCAAGAAGUGGAGUAUUAGAACAACUAAUCGGAGAAUUUUGUAGAGAGGAUGAUAGAAAUUUUGUUAUGCAACUUCAUGACAUUCCUGGCGGAGCCAAAGCCUUCUUACUUGUAGCUAAAUUUUGUUAUGGUGUUAAAAUGGAGCUCAAUGCCCUCAAUAUAGUCCAGCUGAGAUGUGCGGCGGAGUACCUUCGAAUGAAUGAGGAUUAUGGUAAUGGAAAUCUUAUAUUGCAAUCCGAGAAUUUCUUAAACGAAGUAUUCGGUAAUUGGACAGAUUCGAUCAAAGCUCUUGAAACUUGUGAAGAGACUUUAUCUUAUGCCGAGGAGCUUCAUAUUGUGUCAAGAUGUAUAAAUUCACUAGCAAUGAAAGCUUGUGCAGAUCCCAGUUUGUUCAGCUGGCCUGUCUCGGGACCUCAAUCUACGGAAAGAUCGGAAGGCACGGAGUUUUGGAACGGAAUACAUGUAUCAUCAAGAUCACAAAAAGUAAGAGAAGAUUGGUGGUUUGAAGAUGUGUCCUUCCUAAGGUUACCUCUAUAUAAAAGACUGAUUUUGGAAGUUGAAUCAAGAGGCAUGAAACCUGAGAUCAUUGCUGGCUCUCUCAUUCAUUAUGCUAGAAGGCACCUUCCCCUGUUGGGAAGGCAAGCGAGUAUUGAUGACGGAACGUUUUGCGCACCGGUGUCGAAUGUUUUCGCUUCCUCAGAAGUAGAUCAAAGGAGACUUCUUGAAGAGAUAGUUGACUUACUUCCUCAUCAAAAGUAUGUGACACCAACAAAGUUCCUGAUUAGGCUUCUGAGAACCUCAGUGAUUUUACAUGCCAGCUUCUCAUGUAGGGAGAAUCUUGAAAAACGCAUUGGGGCACAAUUAGAACAAGCAGCUCUUGAAGAUCUUUUGAUACCGAACAUGGGGUACUCGAUCGAGACCUUGUAUGAUAUUGACUGCAUUCAGCGAAUUCUCGAUCACUUUAUGCUACUUGAUCAAAAUGGAAACGACUGCAUUACGACUAGAGUUGAGGAUGGGCAAUUAAUGGGGUCCAAUUCAGUUACUCCGUUGACAAUGGUGGCUAAUCUCAUUGAUGGAUAUCUUGCUGAAGUUGCACCUGAUGUUAAUCUCAAGUUACCGAAAUUUCAGUCACUAGCUGCAGCUAUUCCUGAUUUUGCGAGACCACUCGACGAUGGAAUUUACCGUGCGAUUGAUAUUUACCUCAAGGCUCAUCACUGGCUAACAGACUCCGAAAGGGAACAAAUCUGCAGGCUUAUGAACUGCCAGAAGUUGUCAUUGGAAGCCAGCACCCACGCAGCCCAAAACGAAAGACUGCCACUACGUGUCAUCGUCCAAGUUCUCUUCUUUGAACAACUUCGACUUCGAACAUCGGUUGCGAGUUGGUUAUUUGUCUCAGACAACAUUGAGAAUUCACAAAACAUCAGUGGCAACUUGGCUGUACUUGGUGGUACAAACACUGCAGCAGCAGCAGCAGCACCAGCACCAUAUGUUGAUGCCUGCACAACUGAAAAUCGCGCCGUUGCUAUCAAUAUGAAAGAGCGCGUGUCAGAGUUGGAGAAAGAGUGCUUGAGCAUGAAGGAAGAGCUGGACAAGCUGGUCAAAACAAAGGGUGGAUGGAGCACGAUCUUGAAGAAGUUGGGUUUAAGAAUAAAGUUCAAGAAUUCUGAACAGAAAGCAUCCAAGCUUCUCGUAAACUCGAAACCAGAUCGUGAAAUGUCGUCGACAUCUCCGCUUAUGAACAACAAAGAACAUCAUGACAGUGGUGAAUCAGCAAACUAAAAAGUUGAUACAUAGGUCUUUGUGUUUUGUGUUUUGUGGGUGUAGCGAUGUAUUUGAUAUUGAAAUCCAAACUCUAAUUUACUAACCUUUGUUCUUGAAAAUGACACAAAUGUUUUGAAGCCCAGUCAUUCAUUUGGAGACUCUGUUGUGAGACUUUGCUAUUAGUGGCAGUGGGCAUAUGAUUGUAUUCUAGGAUAUUCCUUCGAAGGGAGUGAUUUCUUCAUCACUUUCUUAUCAAAUUAGCAAAUUAAUCGAUGAAAGUUAUAGUGGAGAAUCAUUUCAGAUGUUUAUUUA